ACGUCACGCAGAACAUGGCGGCCGCAGAUGCAGUGAAAACCAAACACCGAUGAUAUUUGGUACAAAUUCUCAUCUGUUUAGGAUUUAAAACCUUAAAAUGUCGGACUUAUUACACACGGAGACUCUUCAGGAUCGACUGGAGCGUCUGCGGGAGCUGACAGAGUUCACAGAAAACUGCAAAAAGCAGCUAAACGAUAUAUUUGAAACGCUGGGAUGGUCGCUGGACUUCAAGGACUCGAGCCAGGAAGCAAUGGAGCAGUGUCCCUACGACCCCAACCACAGAGUCCCGGUCAGAACCAUGGAGAAACACAAAGCCUCCUGUAGCCUCCGAAAGAUGGGCUACACAGCUGAGGAGCAGGCGGAGAUGUUCGACCCUUCUGUGUGUUAUGAGAACAGUGGUGUCAAAAGCUUCGUAAUGGACAAAUCCACUCAGCACCAGGUGAUUCUGCAGGCGAGAUCUGCUGCACCUCUCAUGAGGAUGGAGGGAGUCUUCUGGCAAGGUCAGUACUCCGGCCAGCCCGUUGACGUGCCUCAGAACCACAAGCGCACAGUGUGUGACCUCACUGUGGCCGACCGAUUGGCUCUUUACGAUCAUGUGGUUGGCGUCCUUAGCCAACAGAAGGAAGCGGCUUCCGCGAGCAACGAGGAUCUCUACGUAGAUUUGGUUUCCAAACUUCAGAAGGAUGAAGAACAGAACGAACCAAAGACUCACCUGGAGCUGAUGGCAGAGAUGAGAGACUACAAGAGGCGGCGUCAGUCGUAUCGAGCCAAGAACGUUCAUAUCACUAAAAAGUCCUACACUGAGGUAAUCAGAGAAGUGAUCCACGUCCACUCAGACGAGCUUGCCAGACAGUGGAGAGAGGAAGAGGAAGAGUCGGAGCCAGCAAGAUCUGAACUGUCCUCCCACAGGCGUCGACCAAGUGAGAGGCGAUCGGCGUCGUCAGAGUCUCGUCACUCCCACAGUAGACGUCAUCGCAGCCGUGAACGAAGCCAAGACAGAGAGAGCAAGAAAAAGAGGAAGAAGAGGGAGAGGGAUUCCCGCUCCCCUGAUGACCACCACCACGAGAGAAAGAAGAAGAAAAAGAAGAAGAAAGAGGAGAAGUAAAAGUGCUGGAUCAGCAAGUCUGUUAAGAUGAUGCCAAAGGUCAUUGUGCCUCUUCAGGUCAAACAAUGUCAGGUGUCACAACAUUCUUAAGUUCAUACACCAGGGAAUUUUGAAAUGAAAUAAAUGGGAAUAAAGUUUUGGGAACAAACACUA